CUCCGCCUACAGGAGCCAAUUACGCUCACGCCCUCUUCCGACGCUGCCCGGGGCCCGGGAAGUAGUCUGCGCAGGCGCUGUAGAACAGUGGCGCUUUCUGGGUAAAGAUGGACGUCCACGAUCUGUUUCGCCGGCUCGGCGCGGGGGCCAAAUUCGACACGAGACGCUUCUCGGCAGACGCAGCUCGAUUCCAGAUAGGAAAAAGGAAAUAUGACUUUGAUUCUUCGGAGGUGCUUCAGGGACUGGACUUUUUUGGAAACAAGAAGUCUGUCUCAGGUGUGUACAGUGGAGCAUCACAAACACAUCAGAAGCCCCAAAAUGGAGAGAAAAAAGAAGAGAGCCUAACUGAAAGGAAGAGGGAGCAGAGCAAGAAAAAAAGGAAGACGAUGACUUCAGAAAUUACUUCCCAAGAAGAAGGUGCUACUAUACAGUGGAUGUCAUCUGUAGAAGCAAAGAUUGAAGACAAAAAAGUUCAGAGAGAAAGUAAACUAACUUCCGGAAAGUUGGAGAAUCUCAGAAAAGAAAAGAUAAACUUCUUGCGGAAUAAACACAAAAUUCACGUCCAAGGAACCGAUCUUCCUGACCCAAUUGCUACAUUUCAGCAACUUGACCAGGAAUAUAAAAUCAAUUCUCGACUACUUCAGAACAUUCUAGAUGCAGGUUUCCAAAUUCCUACGCCAAUCCAAAUGCAAGCCAUCCCAGUUAUGCUGCAUGGUCGGGAACUUCUGGCUUCUGCUCCAACUGGAUCUGGAAAAACAUUAGCUUUUAGCAUUCCUAUUUUAAUGCAGCUGAAACAACCUGCAAAUAAAGGCUUCAGAGCCCUGAUUAUAUCACCAACACGAGAACUUGCCAGCCAGAUUCACAGAGAGUUAAUAAAAAUUUCUGAGGGAACAGGAUUCAGAAUACACAUGAUCCACAAAGCAGCAGUGGCAGCCAAGAAAUUUGGACCUAAAUCAUCUAAAAAGUUUGAUAUUCUUGUGACUACUCCAAAUCGACUAAUCUAUUUAUUAAAGCAAGAUCCCCCCGGAAUCGACCUAACAAGUGUUGAGUGGCUUGUAGUAGACGAAUCAGAUAAACUGUUUGAAGAUGGCAAAACUGGGUUCAGAGACCAGCUGGCUUCCAUUUUCCUGGCCUGCACAUCCCACAAGGUCCGAAGAGCUAUGUUCAGUGCAACUUUUGCAUAUGAUGUUGAACAGUGGUGCAAACUCAACCUGGACAAUGUCAUCAGUGUGUCCAUUGGAGCAAGGAAUUCUGCAGUAGAAACUGUAGAACAAGAGCUUCUCUUUGUUGGAUCUGAGACUGGAAAACUUCUGGCCAUGAGAGAACUUGUUAAAAAGGGUUUCAAUCCACCUGUUCUUGUUUUUGUUCAGUCCAUUGAAAGGGCUAAAGAACUUUUUCAUGAGCUCAUAUAUGAGGGUAUUAAUGUGGAUGUUAUUCAUGCAGAGAGAACACAACAACAGAGAGAUAACACAGUCCACAGUUUCAGAGCAGGAAAAAUCUGGGUUCUGAUUUGUACAGCCUUGCUAGCAAGAGGGAUUGAUUUUAAAGGUGUGAACUUGGUGAUCAACUAUGACUUUCCAACCAGCUCAGUGGAAUAUAUCCACAGGAUAGGUCGAACUGGAAGAGCAGGGAAUAAGGGAAAAGCAAUUACAUUUUUCACUGAAGAUGAUAAGCCAUUAUUAAGAAGCGUUGCCAAUGUUAUACAGCAGGCCGGGUGUCCUGUACCAGAAUACAUAAAAGGUUUUCAGAAACUACUAAGCAAACAAAAGAAAAAGAUGAUUAAGAAACCAUUGGAAAGGGAGAGCAUUAGUACAACUCCAAAAUGUUUCUUAGAAAAAGCUAAGGAUAAACGAUGGAGUCUUGCUCUGCCACCUGUCACCCAAGCUGGAAUGCAAUGUCGCAAUCUCGGCUCACUGCAACCUCCACCUCCCAGGUUCAAGUGAUUCUUGUGCCUCAGCCUCCUGGGUAGCUGGGAUUACAGGCACCUGCCACCAUGCCCGGCUAAUUUUUUUGUAUUUUUACUAGAGACGGGGUUUCACCAUGUUGGCCAGGAUGGUCUCGAACUCGAACUCCUGGCCUCAUGUGAUCUCCCACCUCGGCCUCCCAAAGUGCUGGGAUUACAAGUGUGAGCCGCUGCACCUGGCCAACAUUUUUAAAUUUUAAUUUUCUGUCGCAACAGUUUCUGGGUGACACUUAGACCAGUGGAUUGGUAGUGAACCUUGUUAUGCUUGGCCACUUUGGUCACCUAAUCUGUCUUAAUAGACUUGUUGGUGGGAGAGGAGUGGGUCACAUCGGAACUGUUGUGCAUGUGUUACUCUUUGGAUGGUCUUAAAGCCAAGAUAACAAAUGCACUCCUUUCAGGCACUGAGCAGCAACUGAUGAAAGUUUUUACAAAGGUCAAAAAUCAACUAGAACAUAAGAUGGUGGCUAUGUUGAAUUUUAAUAAGAUACAUCAGUAUUUUAAAUAAUUAUACUUUAAAUGCUGAUUUGUUUUUGUUUUGAGAUGGAAUCUCUGUCGCUAAGCGGGAGUGCAGUGGCACGAUCUCUGCUCACUGCAACCUCCACCUCCCGGGUUCAAGUGAUUCUCCUGCCUCAGCCUCCUGAGUAGCUGGGAUUACAGGCACAUACCACCAUGCCCAGCUAAUUUUUGUAUUUUUAGUAGAGAUGGGGUUUCACCAUGUUGGCCAGGGUGGUCUUGAUCUCCUGACCUUGUGAUCCGCCCGCCUCGGCCUCCCAAAGUGCUGGGGUUAAGGCAUGACCCACCGCGUGCAGUCUAAAUGCUGAUUUUUAUAAGUUUAUAGCAUUUAUACUUCUGGGGCUUUUUGUUUGUUUGUUUUUUGAGACAGGGUCGCAAUCUGUCACCCAGACUGGAGUGCAGUGGCACAAUCAGGGCUCACUGCAGCCUCGACCUCCUGGGCUCAAGCAGUCCUCCCAUCUCAGCCCCCUGAGAAGCUGGGACUACAGGCUUAUGCCACUGUGCCUGGCUAAUAUUUUUUAUUUUUAGUAGAGAUGGGGUUUCGCCAUGUUGCCCAGGCUGGUCUCAAACUCCUGGACUCAAGCGAUCUGCUUGCCUCUGCCUCCCAACGUGGUGGGAUUACAGGCAUGAGCCACUGCACCUGCCUUCUUCUGAGGUUAUUACAACUUAAUUUGUACUAAGACUUCGAAGACACUUGAUAUAAAUCUUGUCAUAUCAGCCCCCUGCUUAAGGUGCUUUGGUUGUGUCUCCAUUUUCUUCAUAUGUAAAGGCCAUACUACUUAUGUAUGUAUGUAUACUUAUGUAUGUAUGUAUACAUACUUAUGUAUGUAUAGCAUACAAGCAAGACCCAUCAUGAUCCAACUCUGGCUUACCUCUAUGUUAUAGAUGUUUCCUUAAUGAUCCCACCCAUGCCUAUAGGCUCAGCUCAUACUUCUAUGCUGAUAGCUCCUAAGGUCAUAUCUUCAGCCCCAACUUCCCCAUUGAGCUACAAACCUGAAUCGUUGUUGCCUAGUGGACCUCACUUCAGGCACCAUAAACUCAGCCCCAUGCAGUGAGUCGGGGAGGAACUGGAUUUGGAGCCAGAAGAACUGGUUCUAAUAUCUACUUCCCUGUGUAGAGUUGGGAUUUGGGAUUAUAUGAGUUAAUAUACACCAAAGAACUUUGUAUUACUGUAAUAAUAGUUUGCAAACAUUGAUUAUUUUCUCAAAACUUUUUCCCUUUAUCUGUUACCACUUAGUUAAUGACAUUCAACCUUCACUAGGCUAUAGGAUCAGACUGAUAGGAUUCGUGUCUAACAUGGAUUACCAGUGAGUGAUGACUGGCAAGUUACUCAACCACUCUGUGCCUCAUUUUCCUCAUCUGUAAACGGAGGAUAAUAAUAGAAUACUCCUCAUAAGUUGUUAGGAAAAUUACCCGAGUUAAUACAUGUAAAGCACUUAAUAACCGUUUCUAGCAUGUAGUAAGCACUGAAUCAAUGUGAACUCAUUAGGUCAGGAUCCGAAUCUAUCUGUCAUACCAUGUAGUAAUGUAGUUUACUGUGAUGGUUCUGCCUCACUUAGGUGAUUGUGAUUUUCUAAAGGGCAGAGACCAUGUCUAAUGCAUCUUUGUAUUCCUAGUGCCUCAUUAUUUCAUACACAGUACGUUUCAGUAAAUGUUCAUUAAACUGGUGGUAGGGUUAUGGAAAGUAAAUAU